UAACACCAAUGCUAAGAAGUUGGAGACAGAACUCCAGACUCUACGGGACAGUAAUGCUCGGCUGGUAGACGCGCUAACGGAGUCCUCCGCUAACGUAGAGAUCUGGAAGAAACAACUCAACACCUGCAAGGAGGAGAGCGACACACUGAGGGAAAAGAUAGCAGAGUUGGAGUCUCAGUGUGAAAAGGCCAACGUGGAGAAGGAGAGGAACUCUAAGCUGACUGUACGAGUUCAGGAGCUGGAGACGGAGCUGCAGGACAAGGAACAGGAACUGGAGAACCUGAGGAAGCAAGCAGAGAUCAUCCCUCAACUCAUGGCAGAGUGUGAGAGCAUCACAGAGAAACUACAGGCUGCUGAGGUGAAGAACAAGGACCUGGAGGAUAGGAUGGAGGGUCUUCAGGUCGACAUCGAGGACAGCCAGUCCAGGCAGGGCAACAUGAAGGGAGAGCUGAAGAAGUUCAUGGACGUCCUGGAUGGGAAGAUUGAUGAGCUGCACGAGUUCAGGCAGGGCCUGUCCAAACUAGGGCUGGAUAACUGAGGGAGGAAGAGACAGAGGAGAGGAGAGAGGGAUGGAGGGAUGACCGGUUAGAGAUGGUUCCAUCUGGUGUAUCAGUCAGUCAGUGUUCUGGAACUAGAACCUAGAGUCUUCUCUCUGGUUACUGCUCUGUCUCUGUGGGGGGGAGACAGGUUCCAGUUCUAGAACAGGUGACAGGUUCUAUAGUUCUGUCUGUUGUUUCUACAGGCUGAACUAAGAGGGAAGAAAGGGUUUAAAAAGGGCUACAUGUAUUUAAACUACAGCUAAUGCAGUACAACAACAGAUACGUAAUGAUCCCACACUAUCCUACUGGUCUCUUUAUGACGUGAGGGAAAUAUAGAAGAUAUAUACUUUUUAAGACUUGUCUUUAUAUUGUUGCUUCAUGUCGAUCUCAGGUGUGUUUAAAGACAGUUUGUUACUUGUUAGUUAAUAUGCGCAUACACUACAAAUACAUGACACGGCGGUGUCAUCAAGUGCCUCAGGAGAACCGGCCAAACUAGACGGAUGAUGACCAUGCGUCACCAUAGUAACGCACUAAUUAAAUAUUGCUAUGAAAAUUAAAAAUGUUUAAACCAUUAUUUAAGAAAUCCUAGUAGUGUGACAACCACAACAGGACAACCACCACAACAACAACAGCCACCACAACAACAACAGCCACCACAACAAUGA